GUGAAAGAGGGAAUCCCAUGCUUCAUUUGAAACAGUGGGCCAAUUGUUUGGGAGUCCAGUUUUGUUUCUAGUGCAUGCAAAUGUCUUUAUACAUGCUCGCCGAAUUACACUAAUCUUUGGGAAAAAAGAGCCAUUCUUUGGCAAACCUUCACUGCUAUGAAGUGCCUCUUAUGCCAGAAGAGACAGCACAUGCUUUUAACUAUACUUUUGGGGUGUUCGCUUGUUUUUUGUUGGUUUGUUUGAGGUUUUUGUCACAGUAAAUUUUGGUAAACCUACUUAACAAUGACUGCAACCCUGAGGAUAGCUUACCACAUGGCAGCUUUCAGCUGGUAUGCUUUUAUUGUAAAGAGUCUCGCUGCCAAGGAUGGAGAGGACUUACCACCAGGGAUCUUUGUCUAUGGGGGACCAUGGAAAUAUCUCACUUUCUUGAAUUUGUUAUUGCAAAUGGUAUUCUUUGGACUGGCAGCAGUGAAUGAUUUUCAACCUGGGAAAAAGUCAGAAAAUUUUCUUCAGAGAUGUACAGACCUUCUCUUCUCUGUCUUUGCCUUCCCCGUUGGCAUGUUUGUCGUUCUGCUUUUCUGGACGAUAUUUGCCUAUGACCGGGAGUUAGUCUACCCGGCAACUAUUGAUGCUUUCUUCCCCCCCUGGAUAAACCAUGCUAUGCACUCAUUUGUCCUGCCCAUUUUACUUGGGGAAAUUAUGGUGCAGCCACGUGUUUACCCAAAGAUUAAACACGGCCUGGCGGCACUGGGAAUUGUGGGCUUGGCUUACUUAAGUUGGGUGAUAUGGGUGUACUUGUCGGUGGGGAUCUGGGUGUAUCCCCUGCUCGGGCUCUUCAGCAAAGCGGGUCUGAUGGGUUUCUUCUUCUUCAACAUGUCGGUGGUGACCCUGCUCUAUCUGCUGGGAGAAAAGCUUAACAGCUACAUCUGGUGUGAGGACAAGAGCAAGAACAAGAUGAAGGCAAAAAGAAAGUGACUCUCAGUCUCCAAAUGCAACUAGUCGAAUAAUGAAAAUCUCUCAGCUUUCAUGAAGAAAACAAGUUUGAACAGGGGUUUAUUGCUUUACGUGCUGAAAAACAGUUGUGGGAUCUGAAAAAUGAACUGUGACACAUAUACCUCCAAUAUAAAGGCAUACCUCUACUCA